AUGGGAAUAAUAUUUGGAAUACCUAAUGACAAACUCGUUGGAACUAACAAUCCGUUUCCCGGGCUGUACAUCUGCGCCGACGCGGACCCGUCAGACGGUUCCCGUUGGCUGGUGUACUAUUGGAUGUCUAUAUUAAUCACCGACACUGUAUUACUCUCGUUGGCUCUUGCGAAAGCUUGGAGAUAUCGCCCUUCGACAGGACUUUGCAGUGCCCUUAUGAUAACACUCACAAAAGAUUCCGUGGUCUAUUUCUUCAUCAUCUGCUCUGUUUACCUCGCCAAUCUAGUCGUUUGGUUUUUCAAUCGAGUCAGGGACCCUCAUUCCUCACCUCAGUAA